AUGCUUCCUUGCUCUUUCCUUCUGUACCUAGAUUUUGAUGAUUUACACCAAGCUGUUUGGGCUUUUUUCUCUUUUUUCGUGUUUUUUUCACCACAUUUUGGUUUUUCCACCCUUGCGUAUUUUUGGGGCUUUUUAGUUUUUGGUCUUUUUGGAAUUUUGGGCUUUUUGGGUAUUUUGGACCUUUGGGCUUUUAUGGCUUUUAUGGCUUUUAUGGCUUUUAUGGCUUUUAUGGCUUUUAUGGCUUUUAUGGCUUUUAUGGCUUUUAUGGCUUUUAUGGCUUUUAUGGCUUUUAUGGCUUUUAUGGCUUUUAUGGCUUUUAUGGCUUUUAUGGCUUUUAUGGCUUUUAUGGCUUUUAUGGCUUUUAUGGCUUUUAUGGCUUUUAUGGCUUUUAUGGCUUUUAUGGCUUUUAUGGCUUUUAUGGCUUUUAUGGCUUUUAUGGCUUUUAUGGCUUUUAUGGCUUUUAUGGCUUUUAUGGCUUUUAUGGCUUUUAUGGCUUUUAUGGCUUUUAUGGCUUUUAUGGCUUUUAUGGCUUUUAUGGCUUUUAUGGCUUUUAUGGCUUUUAUGGCUUUUAUGGCUUUUAUGGCUUUUAUGGCUUUUAUGGCUUUUAUGGCUUGUCUGACUUUUUUAGGCUUUUUUGGUAUUUUUGGCUGUCUUGGCUUUUCUAACUAUUUUGACUUUUGGUCUCCUUACUUUCCACCUUUACCCAUUCGAUGAUCUCUAUCGGUACCUACUUGAUGGAUCCUGUGGCUAGGAUCAGCUCUCCACCAUCCAGAAUCACACCUUCCUGUCCAGCGAGCCAGAGUCUCAGACACUCCGCUUUAUCUGUUUCUUCAUCAACAGCUUUUUUUUCAUUAUCCCAGGCUUCUUCUCCCAAUUCAUCCUCCACCAUUUUUAUUUGCAAGUCAAGAAAGUCUAUUUCAUCCCAAAUUUCUUCAUCUGAGCAAAAUUCAUCAGUUUCUGAAUCAGUUUCGUCAAAAAGCUUUGCCACAGCCUCACAAUCCUUGACAGAGAAUCAAGGCAAAAUUUUUGUGCUUUUUUUUUUCUGUCUCCAUGAUUCUCAAAAAUAAAAAGUAAAUAUUUAUAAAUAAAAAAAUGAUUCUACUUGUUGGUGAACAUAAUUUUUGCUCUCUACCAAGAGAUGAUUUAGUAA